ACUAAUAAAUUAUUCACAUCAAAACUUGCUACUUCACUCACUCACCUCUUAAUUAAUUUGAACCCUUUCCUCCAUCACCCGCAACGUUUAUAUAUAUAUAUUUCAAUAAAGGAAAUGUCGGUGGUGAUGACCAACAGCAACAACGGCAAUCACAAGAAAGCGUUUCGGAUAUUCGUAGGUUACGACACACGUGAAGACAUAGCAUACGAGGUAUGCCGUUACUCCAUCUUGAAAAGAUCUUCAAUACCCGUUGAAGUGAUCCCAAUCAAACAACCCGAAUUACGCCAAAAUGGUUAUUUCUGGCGGGAACGUAACAAACUAGAAAGCACCGAGUUCUCAUUCACGAGAUUCUUGACCCCGUUUUUAGCGGGGUAUGAAGGGUGGGCGGUUUUUGUGGAUUGUGAUUUCUUGUAUUUAGGUGAUGUGAAGGAACUGUUUGAUUAUGUUGAUGAUAAAUACGCCGUGAUGUGUGUUAAACAUGAUUACACGCCGAAAGAAAGUACGAAAAUGGACGGGGUGGUGCAAACGGUUUAUCCAAGAAAGAAUUGGAGUUCAAUGGUGUUGUAUAAUUGCGGACAUGUCAAAAAUAAGGUUUUGACACCGGAGAAAGUGAACGUCGAAUCGGGGGCGUAUCUGCAUAGGUUUAUGUGGUUGGAUGAUGAGGAAAUCGGGGAAGUUCCAUUUGUUUGGAAUUUUUUGGUUGGGCAUAAUAAUGUGGGUGAUCAGGAUAUAUAUUACCCGAAAGCCAUACAUUAUACGUCGGGUGGACCGUGGUUUGAAGAGUGGAAAGAUUGCGAGUUUGGGGAGUUGUGGUUGAAAGAAAGGGAUGAGUAUUUGACGGUCAAGGAGAAAGAGAUCGAAGAAAUCACUCGGCUCAAUUUGAAUUAAAUCGUGUGUUGAGAAUGAAUUGUUCAAGUGUUUGAUGAUAUGAUUGUAAGAAUCGUUGUUGUUAUUAUGAAUUUCGUGUGGAUGAUGAGUUUGAUUUGUAAAAGGAGGUGUGUUUUAUGUUUAUAUGUUGUAACCGCCUGGUAAUAACAAAUUCAUUCAAUGGCCGGGUAUAUUGCAAUAAAACUAGUUUAUUUUUCA